CAUUUAUUUAUACAGAGAGGAGAGGGGUGAUAUCCUUGAAGUGAAAGAGAUUCUCUCUCUCUCUGUGUCUCUUCUGUGUCUGUGAAAUAUAUAAUGCGCGUGUCUUGUUUCUGGGUUCUUGAAUAUAAGAUCAGUUCAUUGAAGAGCCCAAUCCGGUAGCUGAUUGCCGGAGGAACCCGACUUAGGAUUUUGUUUUGAGAGCAGGGCAGGGCAAGAACAGAGCAGGCGCCAGGAUGUUGGAGGGAAAAGCAGUGAUGGAGGACACAGACAUGCCGCUGAAGAUGCAGCUCCAAGCCAUGUCAUCUGCCUCUCAAGCUCUGGAUCUCUAUGAUAUCUUUGACUACAGGUCCAUUGCUGCACACAUCAAGAAGGAAUUUGACAAGAUAUAUGGAGGGGGAUGGCAAUGCGUGGUGGGUUCAAAAUUCGGGUGCUUCUUCACUCACUCGGAGGGGACAUUCAUCUACUUCUCAGUGGAGACCCUCAAGUUCCUCAUCUUCAAAGGGGCUUCUUCCUAAUCUUAGCUCUGCCGCAAGUUAGGGCAAAGCUUUGUCCAUGGUGGGUGACGAUGUAUUUGGAGCAGGCAGGGCAACAUCUCCCCCCCCCCCCCCAAAAAAAAAAAAAAGUGCAUCCACCUUUUACUUUUUCCCUCUCCCAUUUUCUUUUCUUGUAUAUGCUUUAAAAUCGAAGAAGACAGAAAAACUGAGGGAGAAGGUGGGGGAGGUAGGGACAUAUGGGUCACUUUUGGACUUUCAUCAUGUCUUAAAAUAUUAUCAAGCAAAUAGAUGUAUAUAGUAA